AUGAUAAACGUGGUAAGACUCAUACAGAAAAUCAAAGAGAAAGCAUUAAGAGAUGGAGACCAGUACGACACAAUUUUAGAAGUCGACUUCCAAGAAUCCCAGGAGCAAAUACAGGAAAAGAUCCCGGAAAAGCACCCUGGAGCAACCCCAGAUAAACUAGAGCUUGUAAUAGCCAAUAGUCUUUGCCACUACUUCUGGGGCAAGAGGGAAGCUCAGGUGGUCUUCCCAGAAGAGUUUAUUCUACAGACAAUUUCAGAACAAUCACAAGAUAUUAUAGUUCCACGAGUCGCACCGCAGCCAGAGACUUCAUUAGUCAACCAGUCGACCUCAGCACCACAGCAACAUCAGACUGUUGCUAGCUAUUAUGAGGUAAAGACACUACAAUGGAUGACCUUAUGCAGGGAUAAUCCAGCUGUUUCAAAAAUGAUGUAUGAAGACUAUAGAGCUGCUACUAGGCAAGCCACUCCACCGGCACAAAUCAGUACCCAGCAGAUUUAUGGAAACAUUUCGACUAUCACUGAAGAAGCCGCAUCAACGGCAAUUGAUCCAGGCACCAGUAGUAUCGACCCAUCGGUACAAAGCCACCCUCAAACGGUGACUAUUUCUGAUACCCCCCAAUAUCAAAGCUAUUUAGCCGAGUCUGAAGGAUUUCCUGAACAACCACCCACGGAUCUACGCUCUAGUGGGGCACGCCUUUUGAGUCCAACGAGAAAUCAUAGGAAAAUACAUGUCGGUCGCUCAUAUAUGGCUCCGCCAGUACCCCCAACUAGAAGACUCUUGACAUCCUCAGCCCCUAUGAACUUUACAGAUAAGGGACGUGAUAAUGAUGAGCAGCAACACAAAUUUAAGAGAUAUAGAAGGCAGAAGAGAUCAUCCCGUUAUCACUCCUAA